AUCCAGACCUUUUCUGAUUCUCUUGCAACUCUCUCUCUCCCCGUUGUUAAAGUGUCCUCGCAUUUUGAUUCUUUUUUUCGUACUAACUCAGUAACUCUAUUGCCUCUUUGCGUGAAUUUAGUACUAGUAGUCAUUUUUUGGCUACCUCUACUCUCUCUCUCUCUUUUCCUCACCCUUGAAUCGUUUAGGUCCUCACAUUUCCACUCCCUCAAGCGCACACAUUUUUAAUUACUUUUCCUCUCUUGACACAACAAAACCAUGGAAGAGCUAAUAAUCUCUCCCUCCUCAUCUUCCUCUCUGGUCUCUUUGCCCCAAGAAACCCCACCAACUCUCCAACAAAGGCUCCAAUUCAUUGUCCAAAGCCAACCAGAGUGGUGGGCUUAUGCCAUUUUCUGGCAAACCACAAACGCUAGUGACAAUGGUCACCACCUCUUCUUGUCUUGGGCUGAUGGCCAUUUCCAAGGCACCAAAGACACAUCCCCUAAACUCUCCCACAUCAACACCCACUACCCCAUUUCAAUGCUACACUCCGAGAGAAGAAAAUUCAUGAGGGAUAUCCAAUCCUCCAUCCUCAGCACCACCACCAACAACGACAGUAAUCUUGAUCACAUGUCUAUCAACGCCGAUGUCACUGACACCGAAUGGUUCUACGUCAUGUCGUUAACUCGCUCUUUCUCUGUUGGUGAUGGUGUGCUCGGCAAAGCCUUUGGUACUAAUUCUCUUGUGUGGCUAACUGGUGGCCAUGAGCUUCAGUUCUACAAUUGUGAGAGAGCCAAAGAAGCUCAAAUGCACGGGAUUGAGACUUUGGUUUGUAUCCCAACUUCUUGUGGGGUUCUUGAACUGGGUUCUCAAGAUAUAAUCAGAGAGAACUGGGGUUUAGUCCAACAAGUCAAGUCCUUUUUUGGGUCAGAUCUAAUUGGCUUAGUACCUAAGCAAGCAAACCAAAGCUCUCCAAGCCCAAUACAGUUUCUUGACCGAAACAUUUCUUUCGCUGAUAUUGGCAUAAUUGCUGGCAUACAAGAAGAUGAUGAGUCUCAAGAAGAGCACAGAAAGGGAGUGGUAUUAGAAGGAUCGGCAAAGAAAGGAUGUGUCAAAUUAGGUGGACAAUCUUUGUACGUAGACUCAGAGCACUCUGAUUCUGAUUGUCCACUAAUUGCUGUGAACAACAUAGAGAAAAGGACUCCCAAGAAGAGAGGAAGAAAGCCCGGUCUGGGGCGUGACACACCAUUGAACCAUGUGGAGGCAGAGCGCCAGAGAAGGGAGAAGCUGAACCACAGGUUCUAUGCUCUACGAGCCGUGGUUCCCAACGUGUCAAGGAUGGACAAGGCAUCGUUGUUAUCUGACGCUGUGUCUUAUAUCAAUGAAUUGAAGACCAAGAUCGAUGAGUUGGAGUCACAGCUCCAAAGAGAGUCCAAGAAGGUGAAGCUAGAAAUGACUGAUACAAUGGACAAUCAAAGCACUACCACCUCAGUAGACCAAACCAAGCCUAAUAAUACAAACUCUGGGUCAGUUCUUGAAGUUGAGGUCAAGAUGGUUGGACCUGAUGCCAUGAUUAGGCUUCAGUCGGAGAACGUUAAUUACCCAGGAGCUCGUUUAAUGGGUGCACUACGUGACCUAGAGCUCCAACUCCACCAUGCCAGUAUGUCCUGUGUCAAUGAGCUCAUGCUUCAGGAUGUUGUGGUCAAAGUUCCUGAAGGAUUGAGAGCUGAAGAGGCACUCAAAUCUGCACUUCUCGGAAGAUUAGAGCAGUAAUUUAGAUCUCUAUUGCUACUUUUAUCAAUAAUUAUAUAUAUAUAUAUAUAUAUAUAUAAAAUAUAAAUAUAAGUAUGUGUUAAUUUUGUUUUGCAUAUCAAAUUUUGUGUAAUUAAGGAGGUAGGUAAUGUUUAACUUAAUUUGCUUUUUUUGUUUAUUUAUAUAUAUAUAUAUAUAUAUUUUUUUUUUUUUUUUUUCUCUCCUACGUUGUUGUUGUAUUCAUAAGCCUUUAAUAAAAGUUGGCAAUAUUCUUAGAAAUUAAAGAAGUUAUUGUACACAGUGUUUGUGCUGUGCCUAUUGUCAUAUGUAUGUAAGGAUUUUUCAUGUUC